CGACUCCUCGUGUAACUCUUCAAGUUUAUUGGAUUCUUAGAUCAUUGGUAGACUCUUUUCAAAAUAAAAACCAUUUUCGGCGGCUUGAGUGGACUAAACAAAGAAUUUUAAAAGCAGUGUGCUUCCUCGGUGCUGCCAGUGACUAUCCACUGUCAUCGACAUAGUCGGCAUAAUAGUGUCGUGAAUUCUGAAUUGGUGAACUGAAGAAAUCGAGCCAAUUUCUCUUUAUCUAUACGAAACAUCGCUGAAUUGAUCAUUGUCGCCGUCAUCUAGAGACGUCGUGACGACUUCGCUUGAAGAAGCGUGAAAAAGACUAAACUCUUCUAGGAUUCUUUUCCGCGUAUAAAUUUAUAAAUAGACGAAUGAUCUAUCGCAAUCGAUCACAAAUCAUUAUCGUUGUCGUUAUUAUUAUCAAAGACAGCGCGUUGCGGCGAAUUAGAAUCGGUAGACUAAGAAUCGCCUGGUGAUCACAGCGGUAAGGUGGAAGAGGACGUCGCGAAGAGGUCUCUCCUUCUCCUCGAGUGUUCACCUACCCUACCACUUCCUCCUCUACCUCGUCCUUCUCCUUCUCCUCAUCCUGUUUCACCACCACCAUUCCGCUUGCAGUCAUUCGGUCGCCGGUGAGCAAUACGGUUUACGACCGCGUAACGAUAAAACAGCUGGUAUCACUAGUCGCUGGUCGUCUCCAGCGGAUCCUCGAGGACCUCCUCGAAAGGACCGGUCCCCGUCUGGAUCAGCUCGCGAGAAUCACAAUACGGAGGACACAUUGCGAACGACGUUGGUGCUAGCUCGCUCUCGCGACAUCGAGAUCUCGAAGAGCGUUCGAGAUCUGCGCGGGCGCGUACGUGCGAGUGAGAGUGAUAUUCAUGAUUUUUCCGGGUUUUCGGCUUUUCAGAGACACGAUACAAAUCAGGAUAAAUCAGUCAUUAAAAAUUUGAACCGCGUUUCACGUGAGUGCUGAAUAAAAUAUAGUGCUAGAAACAGUAUUUUAAAUCGCAGCAAUAAUUCAAUUUUACUCGGAGAAUUCGACGGGCAAAGAUUUAUUACGCCUUAAAAAUCCACGAGCUAUGAUCUGCUAAUAAAACAAAAAACCAAAAGUCAGGAUAUAUUGCAAUCCGAAUAUCCGAAGAUCAGGAUUUCCUGAAUCUCUAAGAAUUUAGAGCCCGUACUUUAGGAGUUGAAGAAGUCAAGAUUUAUCGCAUACUAAGAGGAUCCAAAGAAUCGGGACCUAUUAAUCUUAGAUCCGAAUAUAUCGUGUCCAAGUAGUCAGGAUUUAUUAUGUCUUAAGAACUUUAAAACUCACUGUUCAUUUUCGAGGAGUACUCGACGGAGUAAAGAAUCAACCAAGUCGCAUGGCUACCGCACCGACGCACCUGCGUGAAUACUUAUACGAGAAGCGUCGAGCCGUGACGAUGCCUCGCGUCGUCCAACAUGCCUCCGUGCACCACAUGACCGUUGACCAGUGAACGACCUUUUCCGUCAAAAGGAUUUCGCGAACACCCUCGUGAAUACGAUUGCGUUACGGUCCGUCGAGAGGAUUUCGGGGAAUCCGUGAGACUUCUGAUCCCGAGGAAUUACGUCUGGGCCGGCUUAUUCUUCGAGGGAUUAACCUGGCCGAGAUCUCGUCUCUUCUAUUCCCAGAGGUAAUCCGUGGAAUUCAAGGAUGCCGUGGCGAAUGAAACGGAGUCGCGGGCGCAGUGUUUGACGAGGAUAUUCAGCCCGGACGUCAACGUCGACAUCAUUCAACGGACUCGAGCUAGUCAUCCAGGUCAACCGAAGCGGAAAGCGACGACAUUAACCACAACGAGCGGCGCCACAUCGUUUCCAUGGACUUGACAGAAGCUUUCGCGCCAGGAGGUGGCGGCGAGGACCUGGCAAAGACGGAUUUCUUCGACUUUGUAGUUUCACCGCCGCCGCACUGCGCGACGGCUGACGGCGUUGUCUCCGACGAGGAGAGCUUUCUGCAUCGCGGCACCGGUGGUUGUCGCACCAUGGGCGGAUAUCUGCAACAAACCCACGAGGACCACGAGGGCUCACACGGUUCGCCCUUCAUCAAAGAAACUAACAACAACACGCUGACGGCGCUACCACCCGUCUCGACUAUCACCAGCUCGCUGAACCAUCAUCAUCAGCAUCAUCACGCGCAUCACCAGGUGCGCUCGCAACAUGGUGGCGUUCAGACCGGCGAAGCCACCACCAUGGAAUCUGAGUGCGAUUACUGGGGCCAAGAUGACGAAAGCAAGGAGCAGACGUGCAACAUCCUAUUGGAAGAUCUGAACAAAUUUUGUUGGUCCUCGAACGCGCAUACCAACGACAGCGUCAUUCACACGGCGGCCGGCGGUCCAAACGACCAUCAUCAGACGGUGAAUUCAGGCCGCGCAGGCUGCGCCGCCAACGAUCGACAAAAUACGGACGGUGCCAUUUAUACGUUGACAGUGCUGAACAAUGAAGCAAACUCCAUGGACGCUCUGGACUGUUGCAAGAGCCCGCCGCCCGCUUCUGGCGACUCCUGGUCCCUCCGACCUAAUCUCGAUGCCCUGGACGCUAUCUUAAUGGAACAAUCCUCCGGCGAGCAGGAUCACGAGCAGCAAACCAGCGGCGAGGUCUCCAGGAACGUCAACGAGAGGUUUCACGCCGCGGACGGACGUGGCUUCACCGUGCCGUCGUCGCAGUACACCACCGACGACAGCGGUUUCGUCGAGAGUAAGGAAUUGUGCGCGCGGGUGUCCGCAGCCAAUUGCUCCGGCGACAACAACAACGACUGGAAGCUAUCGGACCAAAAUCUACAGGACGUCGCGGCCGCGGUCGCGCGAGGUGAAGUCGUCAACGCGAGUUUCGCAGCCGGCGAUUCUGCCGAGAGUCUCUUGAGAAGCGCUCUUCAAGGCAAACUAUACACCGGAUCGGCCCAGCCGGUCUCCUCGUCGUCGCCGUCUUCGCAGCCGCCGACUAUCUCAAUGCCAGUCUCGGGGAACGCGGCUCUCAUGGUAUCGGAUCAACAGCAGCAGCAACAGCAGCAACAACAACAGCAGCAGCAGCAGCAGCAGCAACAGCAGCAGCAAGACGACUCCAUGCAGACGUGCACCGACGAGGAUCUACUACUCUCGCAACUGGAUCAAACGACCUACCGACCGGGCGACUACGAAAAGCUGAAGAGCAUCGCGAACGAAGUGGUGGAAUCGUAUUGUCUCGAAUCGGUCUGCAAUGUGCCGGGAACCACUACGGUGAUGUACACGCUGGAUCCACAGAACGGAAAUCUCGGCACCAUCACGUUACCUGCUGAUCUGGGCGCUGUAGUUGUCACGACGCCUCAGCAAGAUGUACUGCAGCCGCAGACCGUUCAACGAACCGACGUAGAGCAACAACAGCAACAACAACCGAACCAGCUGCAACUGACCUCCACCCGGGUCGGCAUCGCCUCUAAAACACCGAAGAAGUAUGUCAGACGCGCGAAUCGCAACAGUAACAACGCCAACGGCGCCAGCAAUGGCAGCACCGGCACGGAGACCGGCGGCAACGCGAAUCAACAACAGACUGGCAGCAGCUCCGGAGGCUCGCCGGGCAGUGUUCAGCGGAAGGAACGUUCCUUGCACUACUGCAGCAUCUGCAGCAAGGGCUUCAAAGACAAGUACAGCGUGAAUGUGCACAUCCGGACGCACACCGGCGAGAAACCGUUCGCCUGCUCGCUCUGUGGCAAGAGUUUCCGUCAGAAAGCUCAUCUAGCCAAGCAUUAUCAGACCCAUGUAACUCAGAAACCAGCCAGCAUCCAGCAGACCGCUUCCGCAAGCGGCACCGCCGGCAGUAACAAUGGAAAUACCAGCCCGACGGCGGAAACCAACACGACCUCCGCGUCCCCCGCCAUCGCCAGCAGAGCUCAGACGACUGUAGAUCCUACAGGAGCUGCCUGUAAUCCCUCCAGUUAGUUUGACGAGACACGAAUGCGGCACGACAGAAUCCGCCCAUAUCUUUCCUUUUUCCCUCUGGAAAAGAUAACGGUCGUGGCUCGUCUCUACUUUCUUCUUGUUCUCUAUUUUUUUUAUGUUUUCUUUUUUUUACAUGAGCAUAUAUCCAUGACACUAAGGCAAACUGGCAAGAAAGAGCGAACCAUGACGAGCGGCUGGAUAAACGCAUCCUGUAUGGAAUGUCUAGAAAAAACUCACUUAAUUUUGAAAAGUAAAUUUUUCAAUUUGCAGUUUGAAAAUAGA